AUGGCUUUUCUGGACUGCUCUCUGUCUCCAGUUUUGCCGUCACGCAUCGCCUGUGCAGCUACAUACAUCGCUGCAAAGUUAUGUGAUACGCCUUACGAUAGCGAAACAAUGAGAAAACUGACGGGUGUCACGUUGCGGGAGACCGAAGAGCUGGUGGGCAUGUUUGCGAAAGUGAUUCUGAGGCUACAUUCAUUACCAAAAUUGGUCGCUGUGCGCGAAAAGUACUCAUCGGCUAAGGUAUUGGCCGUAUCGCAGCUGUAUGACAGCGAUAUCAAAGUCCUCACUGAACUUUCAUCUUGA